AGACAGUUGUAAUAAAGUAUCAAUUAAUAAUAUUGCUAAAGAUGAUUAUAAUGAUAAUGUUGCAGUAUCAUUGGAUAGAUUCAAAUGCAUUUGUGAUUUUGUCACGAUUUCAAUAGAUAAUAGUGAGUUAUAUAUAAUCAUGGAAGAAAAUAUUUGUGUCAAUGAAGAUGAUUGUGAUAUCAAUGAUAAAGUAUUGGUUGAUAGCAUUGUCGAAGAUGGUUGUGAUAAUUGUAUUAGAUGA